CUCUCUCUCUCUCUCUCUCUCUCUCUCUCUCUGUGUUAUGCUCUUUCUUUGAAAUUCGCUCGACCUUAUUAUUCCAUCAAUAUUUAUUCUUUAUUGUUCCCUUUCUAAUCCUACUCAUCUAUCUCCUAGAAAAGAAAAGAAUGCUGCUAAUUUUUUUCUUUCUUCUAUUUGGUUGCUGUGGUAGAAUGUAGAUUGUUCUCUUAUCUGACAGAAUACAAGAAGUCAGUUGGCAACUUGCCCGGCCAGCCGCCUCUUGGUAGAGAUCACCUCAUCACCAGUGGGAGAAAUCAAAGGAGUUAACAGGAUUUUAGGACGUCAGUGUUGUGCCAGCUGCACUAUUCCAGGCUAGCUAGCCUGCCCUGAAUUAAGCUUUCUUCUCAGUGCACGCACCUGCUGGCCUUUUAUAUAUAUGAUCGAUCGAUUUCACGUGCUCAUCAAUUAAGAAAGAUGUUCUUGAUCGAUAGAGGGGAUCGGUUUAAUUAGUUUGUGAUUAUGUUAUGAAUCAAAGCUAGUAAAGUUUCUGUUUCCUCAUAAUCCAUAAAAAAAUUACUAUUGUUUGUGUAGAAGAAUAUACGAUCAUGUCAUCUUCCGUACUGGCACGAACUGGGCGACAGCGACAACGAUAUGACAACAAUUUCCGCCUCGUUUCCGGAUGCAUUCCUUACCGGAUAACAGAAAACUAUGAAGAUGAUGAUGAGAGUGGUGAUAUUGAGAACAAGAUACAAGUUCUUAUGGUUUCUUCACCAGACCGCCAUGACAGAGUCUUCCCAAAAGGUGGAUGGGAGGAUGAUGAAACUGUUUUAGAAGCUGCUUGUCGGGAAGCCUUUGAGGAAGCAGGGGUCAAAGGAAAUCUAAGAGAAACUCCGCUGGGAGUAUGGGAGUUCAGAAGCAAAAGCAGAGAGGAGAUGUGCAGCCUCAGCCUGGAAGGAGGAUGCAGAGGAUAUAUGUUUGCAUUAGAGGUCACUCAAGAGCUUGAUACCUGGCCAGAGCACCAAAACCGUGACAGGAAAUGGCUAAGCAUAAAGGAGGCAUUUAGGGUGUGCCGGUAUGAAUGGAUGCGCAAAGCGUUGGAGCAGUUUCUGAGAGUCAUGGGAGGAGGACUAGUACUGUCAGUUUGUGAUGAUAAUGAUAAUAUUGAUGAUGAGGAUGGAAAAGUGAAAGUUGUGGAGAUGAUGAUGGGAUCAGAAGAUGAGAUGAAAUUAGGAGGGGAGCUGCCACCUUCGGAUUCUACCCUGCAGCCGCCGCUGCUGCCGUUGUCAGAUGCGGAACAUGUGAUGGCUGAAUGUAAAAUAGUGUCGUCAAACUGCUACAUAAAGCCAGCUUCUUCUUCUUCAAGUGCUAGUGCUAGUCAACUGGUGAUAUCAGUUCAUUGUCAUGGCACUUGGCUCUCAAGGACAAGCGGGGGUUGCCAUUGAUGGCAUGGCGCAUGCAUAUGACUAUCGAUCAAACAUAUAUGUAUAUAUGCUGCUGCCAAUUAAAUAGGCAAAUUGGCAUAUGUGAUGUUCAAUUUCUCGGCCUAGUAGUGACCCUGACUAAAUGGAAAAGCAAAAGCCAAAUUGUUUGAUGAAACUUUCUCCAUCGAUCAAAUGUCAUAUACAUUGUCAUGAUAGUGUAACUUUUAAAUGUUUCUUUCUUAUUAAUAAAUAAAUAAAUAGAGAUGCAUAUGCAAAUUGAUGCAAAGAUAAAA